AUGGGGCUGUCCAAGUCGAACAGGAUUAUCAUCCUGUUGGUCAUUGAUACCGUCUUUUUCCUGCUGGAGCUGACUGUCGGUUAUGCCGUUCAUUCACUCGCCCUCGUUGCUGACUCGUUUCACAUGCUGAAUGAUGUGAUUUCGUUGAUUGUCGGAUUGUGGGCUGUCAAGGUCGCCAACCAGGAAUCCAACUCGAAAACCUUCACCUAUGGCUGGCAACGUGCCGAGACCCUGGGUGCCCUGGUCAACGGCGUUUUCCUGGUCGCACUGUGCAUGUCGAUUUUCCUCGAAGCAGUCCAACGCCUUUUCGAGCCACAGGAAGUGAAGAAACCUGCAAUGGUCAUGGUUGUUGGCUGUGCUGGCCUGGUGUCCAACAUCGUCGGCCUCCUGCUUUUCCACGAACACUCGCACGGUCCCGGUGGACAUGCCCACGAACAUGCACACGGCGCAGAAGCUGACAUGGAGGACGGACAUGCCUACGAGCAGACGACGCAGAAGAUGGCCGAUGAGAGGAACACUGUUGCGAGUAUAAUGCCGGAGAACGUGGUUGGUGUCCAUCGUGCAGAUGAGCCUGAUGUCGGCGAACGGCCGCAGAUCAUAGGCACUGGUGACAGCGCCCCAGGCUCUCCCUCGACAUCGCGCAGAAAUCGACAGCAAGAAACCAGUGCCAACCGCCGUUCUCGUGGUUACAGUACUUCAAAGCAACGCGGGUUUGGUGGCCUGGAGGAGAUUCAAGUGCAUCCCGCUGAGCGCUAUCAGACCAUCCUGUCGGCUGGACAAUCUGACAGCGAGUCGACCAUCGAGUCAGACGCUGCCCAAGAUGAAGAAGGCCCGGUUACUGAGCAAACUAGUUUGCUAGGAGGCAAGGACCGACAGACACUCGGCUAUACCAACGGACAUGACCACAAGGCAUCUAAAGUACCUCAAGACGAUUCGCACCGCCAUCACAACCAUGCCCAGCCACAAUCGGACAAAAAGGGCCAUGGCCACGGACAUUCGCAUGGCGACCUCAAUAUGAAAGGCGUCUUUUUGCACGUCUUGGGCGACGCUCUUGGCAACAUCGGGGUUAUCGCGUCCGCGCUGAUCAUCUGGCUGACCGAUUACUCGUGGCGAUACUACGUUGACCCUGGCAUUUCGCUGAUCAUCACCAUCAUUAUCCUCUGCUCGGCGCUUCCACUCUGUAAGGCCGCCUCCAGAAUUCUUCUACAGGCCGUGCCUACCGGUAUGAGCAUCGAUCACAUCCAAGAAGACAUCAACAGCAUCCGUGGUGUCGUCAGCUCGCACCAUCUGCACGUCUGGCAGCUCAGCGAUACCAAACUGGUUGCCUCGAUCCACGUCCAAGUGGGCAGCGAGAUUAAAGACGAAGGAUCCGAUAGCUACAUGAAGCUCGCCAAGGAAAUUCGCCGCUGUCUGCAUGCCUAUGGCAUCCACUCGUCCACCAUCCAGCCCGAAUUCAUCACAACCGACCUGGAAUUUUUUGGUCAACAGCAACCCCCUCCGUCGAACGCCAACGGCUCUGAUUCGAACAACAACAAAAACAACCAGAAUUCGAGCAGUGCCAGCAGCGUUCUCGAGGGCAGUGCUUGUCUGUUGGAAUGCGGUGAUGAGUGCCCCGACAAACAAUGCUGCCCUACCAAGUAA